AUGUCCUUUGUAGACCUCAAACACAUUCCCUGUCCCAAGGGAGAGCAAUGCACAGCUUUCAUGUGCCUCUUCCAGCAUAAAGCUGACAGGGAUAAGAUGGCGGCACCGUCAGCACCGGCACUCAACGCGUCAGGAACGUCGGCAAAAAGGUCGACUGAUACCUCGACGGAUGCAACCCGGGAUGGCCCUCGAAAGCGUCUGAAGGUUGCCCAAGACGUCAGAAACCCCGCCGAUUCUACAAGAGCUCCCACUCCUGUCAAAACGGGCUCAAAACAGGACGUUACCGCACCAAGACUGGAUGGCAAUCUGUCACCUGUCGCUCGGCCCAUCUCACCUCCACCUUUAAAGCGCCCGCCAUCCUCCACGUCGUCGACCGUGGGCAAGACUCUGCAGUCUACAUCAGUCGCGCCUUCUCUCGCUUCGUCCGACCUUCGGAAGUCACUGAAUCACUCUGCCUCAAGCAGGUCCUCUCCUUUAUCAACAUCAAUUAAUCCUCCAACUAAGCGUAAGGCUGAUUCACCUGCCACCACAUCUUCUUAUUCUUCUACUGCCAACCCAACAACAGGUCAACAAGACACUGCUUCCCUUCGCACUCCAUUGACCCCCUCCAAGACCGAGCCAACUCCGAAGAAGGUUAGGAAGACCGAAGCUCUCAACCCUCGUUUACUUAAGUCAUCACCGGCAAAGUUUGAGAUUCGAUUCAAGCUCGUGCAGCUGCUCCAUGAACAAUACACACGCCUGAACAACGAACUCAAGAAGACUGCCAAAGACGCGGAAGAGAAGCAGCUCGCCCUCACAGACCAGGAUCUCAUUUGGAGAGUCCUUGACGAGGAAGAAUCCACAGCAAUAGAGAAAGGCGCCAUCUACUCAAACGUAAUCAAAAACAAAAUCAUGCAGUACAAAAAGAUGACAGUCCUUCAGUGGAAGGAGGAGAGAGUCGUUCAACGCCACCAAACGACCCAAAAGGGUCCUCACAACAAGCUUCCCGUGUCUCCCAAGAAGAUAGUCACGGGUUUAACCCCUGCCCAGGAAGUUCAGCUUGUUCGCCAACUUAUCACCCCCAUCGACGGCCUUGCCGCCCAUGGCUAUGUCUCAUCUGUUCCUGCUGAUGCCGAUAUCCAAAAGGCUCGUGAGGGUCUUGAUGCUGCAAAAGGUUGGGAGAAGUGUGAUCGCUGCGACAAGCGCUUCCAAAUGUUCCCGGGAAGAAGAGAAGAGGAUGGAGCUCUCGCCUCUGGCGGCAGCUGUACCUUCCACUGGGGCAAGACCUAUUUCCCCGAGCGCCAGUUGGGUGAUAGAUCCCAGCAAGCCAAACGCUACCGAUGCUGUGGACAGGCCGUUGGAGACUCCGCCGGCUGCCACUCCAACCCUCACCAUGUUUUCAAGGCAUCGGAUCCGAAGAGACUGGCUACUGUUCUGAACUACGCCGAGACGCCGGUCAACCCCAACGCUCCCACCGACAGAGCCGUUGGCUUCGAUUGCGAAAUGUGCUACACAGUCCAUGGCCUUGAGCUCAUCCGCCUCACUGCAACAUCUUGGCCUAAUGGAGAGGAGCUGUUGGACGUCCUUGUUCAGCCCGUCGGUGAGAUCCUUGAUCUCAACUCGCGGUACUCGGGUGUGUGGCCUGAAGACAUGGCAUCCGCAGAACCCUGGACUGCAAAGGAAGAAGACCCAACUCCUGCCCAGGCGAAAAAGAUGGCGAGCCCCAAGAAGACGAAGAAGAAGAUGAAGAUUGUGUCGUCCCCUGAAGUUGGUCGCGAUCUUCUUUUUGCUCUCAUCAGCCCCGACACUCCACUGAUUGGUCACGGACUCGAGAAUGAUUUGAACGCCGUUCGCAUCGUCCAUCCCACUGUCAUCGACACCGUGCUUCUCUACCCUCACAAGCAUGGCCUUCCUUAUCGCCUUGGCCUCAAGAUGCUGAUGGACAAUCUCCUCAAUCGCAAAAUUCAAGUUGAGACGGCUGGCAAGAUUCAGGGGCACGACAGUGCGGAAGACGCCCGGGCUGCGGGAGAUCUCGUGCGUCUGAAGCUCUCGGGGGAAUGGAAGAGCAUGAAGCUCAAAGGUUGGAAGCUCGAGGGUGGUGAAUUUGUUCCGCCUGGUGGAAAGGUGGACGACUUCAAUGGUCACCUGACCGCAGAGUUCCUUGAAGCUGCUUUUUAG